GGGAGUUCCGUGUUACAUCAAGGCUAUAUUGGUUACAAGGGAGGAAGAAUACUGAGAAAGAGGAGCAUGGCGUCAGGGCAACUACGAGAGGAGCUGGAGAACAAGGCUAGAGAGGGCGAGACUGUCGUCCCUGGUGGAACUGGUGGAAAGAGCCUGGAAGCUCAGGAACAUCUGGCUGAAGGACGAAGCAAAGGAGGGCAGACGAGGAAGGAGCAGCUGGGAACAGAGGGGUACAAGGAGCUGGGGAGCAAAGGAGGACAGACGAGGAAGGAGCAGAUGGGGACAGAGGGGUUCAAGGAGUUGGGGAGCAAAGGAGGGCAGACGAGGAAGGAGCAGAUUGGGACCGAAGGCUACCAGGAGAUGGGGCGCAAAGGUGGGCUCAGCACCAUGGACAAGUCUGGAGGUGAGCGUGCUCAAGAAGAAGACAUUUAUAUCGAUGAAGCCAAGUUCAGAACCUCUCCCUGAAGUUUAACUCCAUCCAAGUCUCCUUAUAAGAGUGAACUAGCAGCAGCAGCAGUAGUAGUAAUAGGAUCUAUAUUAGGAGGUAUGUAAAGCUAGGUUUGAAGUAAUCAGUACGUACUGUCUACUAGCUGUAGGGCUACUAGGUUUGGUGCUUGUUAACUAAGGAUGUAUGUUGUAGGCUGUUUUGACUUCAAGGGGUUUGUGUUGUGGUUUUAGGUUUGGGUUUACCCCUUGUUUGUAUGCGGCGGAUGGUUGAUGAAGUAAAUGAAGUGACUUGUAGCUUUGGUUGUAUCUUCAGUUCCUCA